UCUCCUGCUGAUGUUCAGGUGUAUAUCAGUAUGUAGAGUCUCUACUUUAAAGAGUCCUCUCCUGCUGAUGUUCAGGUGUAUAUCAGUAUGUAGAGUCUCUACUUUAAAGAGUCCUCUCCUGCUGGUGUUCAGGUGUAUAUCAGUAUGUAGUGUCUCUACUUUAAAGAGUCCUCUCCUGCUGAUGUUCAGGUGUAUAUCAGUAUGUAGUGUCUCUACUUUAAAGAGUCCUCUCCUGCUGAUGUUCAGGUGUAUAUCAGUCUGUAGAGUCUCUACUUUAAAGAGUCCUCUCCUGCUGAUGUUCAGGUGUAUGCCUAUGUCGCUACGUCAUACCUGUGUCAUCAUCCAGAGGCUGGGGGGGGGGGGGUGCUCACACAGACAUAUAAACCCAGAGGCAGAGUGAGCAGCAGCUCGCGGUGCUUUGAUCUCCGUUGUUUCCUGAAUAGCAACAUGAAUAGCACCGUGCGAGCUGUGCUCUGCGCGGCGCUGCUGUCUGUGCUCUGCGGAGCAGAGAGAGAGCAGAGAGAGGUCUCCCACCAAAACCCCACCAGACUGCUCGGUGCUCUACAGGAGGUUUUGGAGAAGCUGCAGACGACCAAGAUUAAUCCGUGGGAGCGGAAGUACGGACAGGUCCCGUCUUGCGACCUCGGGGAGAUCUGUGCCGUGAGGAAAGGCUCUCGAAUCGGGAAGCUGUGCGACUGUCCUUCCGGAGCCGUCUGCAACUUCUUCCUGCUCAAGUGCUUAUGAGUUCACUCAACGUGUGCUGAACACGGUUCUAUGAAGUAAAAGCUAUGUGACGUCGUCUGAGUAUUUAUGGUGUCGCAUUAAAACGUUAUCUUUCAGAU